AUGAACGGCGACACUUAUUCGUCCCGAGGUGGUGAUUCUGGCCGCUCUAGGGACUACUACCGCGACGAGAGACGCGAACGUGGAGACAGAGGAGAGAGGCGACGGUCUAGAUCCCCACAUUACGGUUCCAGAGGUUCGCGACGCGAAGCCGAAGCCGAUUCAUAUUCCUCCAGCCGUGACUAUCGCGCCAGAGAACGGGAGGAUCGCUACUCGAGUCGCAGGGACGACAGGGAUUAUGAUCGCGAGCGAGGUGACCGUGGUGAUCGUGGUGAUCGAGGAGAUCGCCGACGCAGAGACUACGAUGAGAGGCCAUCUCGUCGUGAGAGAGAUAGAGAUUUGUUCGAUGAGCGACCCAGACGCGAGGGGAGAGAUCGCGGUGGUGACCGGGAGCGUGGGGGUGACAGAAGAGACCGGAAGAGGAGCCCAUCGCCUUCGCGUAAGAGGGAGCCGACACCCGACUUGACUGAUAUACAGUCGGUGUUGACUCGGAAGCGGCGUUUGACACAGUGGGAUAUCAAGCCCCCUGGCUACGAGAAUGUCACCGCAGAACAAGCAAAGCUUUCAGUUAACAAAUCAGGCAUGUUCCCUCUUCCUGGAGCCCCUCGACAGCAGCCGAUGGAUCCCAGCCGCCUUCAGGCUUUCAUUAACCAGCCUGGUGGUGGAUCUGCGGAAAGCUCAACUCUCAAGCCGUCCAACUCUCGGCAGUCAAAGCGCUUGUUCGUAUACAACUUGCCACCGAGCGCAAACUCAGAAAGCCUGGUUUCGUUUUUCAACCUUCAACUCAAUGGCCUCAAUGUCGUUCAAGGUGUCGAUCCUUGUAUUUCGGCGCAGGUCUCGGAUGACCGCACUUACGCACUCCUCGAGUUCAAGUCGCCUAAUGAUACUACUGUCGCGCUUGCUUUCGAUGGAAUAGUAAUGGAGGAACACGCUGGCAGUGGUACAGAAAACGGCACAUCCAAGGGUAUAGAAGUACGAAGACCCAAGGACUAUAUUGUUCCCAACCUUGCCGAGCAGGAACUCGAGGGAGAGAACGCGAUGAAGGAUGUUCCUGACUCGCCCGACAAGAUCUGUGUCUCCAACAUCCCUCAGUAUAUCCCAGAAGAGCCUGUUACAAUGCUCCUCAAAUCCUUUGGCGAGCUCAAGUCCUUUGUUCUUGUCAAGGACGCCUCCACAGAGGAGUCUCGGGGAAUUGCUUUCUGUGAAUAUGCUGACCCCGCAACUACCACUAUCGCUGUCCAGGGUCUUAAUGGGAUGGAGCUGGGAGACCGACACCUCAAGGUGGUCCGGGCCAGUAUUGGAAUGACGCAAGCAGCUGGGUUGGAUAUGGGAGUAAAUGCGAUGUCGAUGUUCGCCAAAACUACGUCUCAGGAUCUGGAGAGCAGCCGAGUGUUGCAGCUUCUAAACAUGGUGACGCCAGAGGAGCUUAUGGACAAUGAGGAUUAUGAAGAAAUCUGCGAUGAUGUGCGUGAGGAGUGUGCCAAGUUUGGUCAAGUUGUUGAGUUGAAGAUUCCGCGCCCGACAGGCGGCAGCCGACAGUCUCCAGGCGUGGGCAAGAUUUUUGUCAAGUUCGACAGCAUUGAAUCGACAACGGCGGCACUGAAGUCGCUUGCGGGCAGAAAGUUUUCCGACCGAACCGUCGUUACGACAUACUUUUCCGAGGAAAACUUCGACGUCAACGCCUGGUAG